GGCGGGUCAGAUGGUGGUGGUCAUCAUCACAGAACUGGGCAAAGUUUCUCUAAAGUUGGUCACGACUCAUCGGUGAUUGGGAAGAGGAGGGAAACUCAGAGCCGCGCAGGUUUUUUAGUCUCUUUAAGUUCAACGGAUUCCAAGUUUCUCUGAUCGAAGAAGAUCCCAAAUUACCAUUUAAAACACGCGUUUUAGCGGCUGUACUUUUUUUUUAUUUGGAAUAAUCCUGUGACGAUGGGGAGCCUUCUCUGACGAAGACGCUUCUCGGACAGCGGAAUAUGGUUUUGUUUGAGGCCGACUUUCCUUAAAUCCUCCUAAGAAAUCCGCUGGCUUGCAUGGUAGAGACACCCGAUGAACAAUGGGGCCCUUCACAACACCAAAAAAGAGAGCGGAGGCUGGUUCCGUCGAACCCUGGACACCGACCUCCAACCUUAAAAUGCUCAUCAGCGCCGCCAGUCCCGAGAUCCGGAACCGCGAAAAGGUGCUGUGCAUGGACGGCGACGAGCGGGACGGCUUGGACCCCACGCAGGACGGCGAAGAGUCGGAGAAAAUGAUCAGCAGAAAAGACAAGAGCCUGGGCUUGUUGUGCCACAAGUUUCUGGCCCGCUACCCAGAUUACCCGGAUGCAGCCCACACAGACAUCUGCCUGGACGACGUUGCCACUGAGCUCACUGUGGAGCGCCGGCGCAUCUACGACAUCAUGAACGUCCUGGAGAGCCUCCACAUGGUGAGCCGCUCGGCCAAGAACCGCUACUCCUGGCACGGCCGCACCAAGCUGGCCGAGACCCUGGCCAUUUUGAAGCAGGUCGGCGAGACGCACCGCUACGGCCAGCAGAUGCAGCACAUCCGGCAGCGCAUCACCGACGGCGAGUUCGACUUCAGGCGGGAGGAGAAGGAGAACGAGGACGUGGAGGGCGGGGAGCAGAAGGAGCUCUUCUUUGUGGAGCACCCAGGAGUCGAGUUUAAAGCAGCUUCUGUUAAUAGCAGGAAAGACAAAUCUCUGAGGGUGAUGAGCCAAAAGUUCGUCAUGCUGUUCCUGGUGUCCAGCCCGCGCGUCGUCAGUCUGGACGUGGCUGCCAAGAUAUUGAUAGGAGAGGACCAGGUUGCAGAUCAGGACAAGAGCAAGUUCAAGACCAAAGUGAGGCGGUUGUACGACAUCGCCAACGUGCUCCGAAGCCUGAAGCUGAUUGAGAAAUUCCACGUGACCGAAGCGGGGGGCAGAAAACCGGCCUUCAAAUGGACCGGCCCUGAAGAACUUCCACCGGUUAAAGAUUUGGCCAAAUCCUCGCCCGACUGCCCCGCCAAGAAGAACAGAGUACUUGAAUCGUCUGUGGAGAACUGUGCCAAAAACCUCUUUCCUUCAUCGGGGGCCAAACGCGGCUUCACCCGACACCCCUCCCUCAUAAAGCUCGCCAAGAGCAUCCAGGACGACCGCCGUAAGAUCAACUCUGCCCCCAGCAGUCCUGCUAAGUGUGUCCUCGGCGAUCCGGCUAACGCGGACUUUACGAGCAAAAUGGCUCAACUUGCUGCUAUUUGUAAAAUCGAACUUGACCAGGAAUCGAGGCCAAAGCAAAGCCCAGAGCCCACUGCUACAGAGAGAGGAACAGCAGCUGAGGCGCUACAGCCAACCACCGCUGGCCCCAUGGAGCCGACUAAAGUGCCGAUAUUAUCGCCGACCCAGGAGCCAGAAGUCCACCUGACUCCGCGCACGCCUCUAGCAGGACAGCCGGCCGGCUCUGUCGCCUUCGUCCCUGCGCAGUGUUCCCCCCUCAUCCCCGUCCUCAUCCCUCAGCAUCGCGGGAACGGGCCCUACGCCGUAUAUUUCCACCCGUCCGCCCUCAGGUCAAACCCUCUGUCCCGGCCGCAGCCGACCAGCCUGGCGGUGCGCUCCAUGACGUUUGAGGACAAGGCCGGGCAGAGUCCCAACGCCCCGUCUGCAGAGCGGAGCCAGCCGGCGUCCAGGGAGUCCGACGCCAGUCCGUCGGCUCUGAAACGGCGGCGUUCAGGUUCCGCCUCAGACAGCAGCCCCGCUAAAGCCAAGAGGUCUGACUUUAAGGACAGCUCCCCAAAGCUCUGUGAGAUCCUGCAGGCUCGUCUGAAGGCACGCCCCGGCGCGCCCAUCGUCAACCGACCCUCGCCUCGCGCGCUCCACUUAGACCCGGAGUUCGUCAACACCCCCGGGAGCGCUGCGGCCAAUCAGAAACUGGAUCACAGCUUGGAGAACCUCCUGGAUGGAGAGGACAAGGCGGCGAACUCUGACAGCGAGGCCGGCUUCACGCCGGUGCGGGCGGUGCCGCUCACGCCUGGACAGAUCCACUCUGAGACUUUAGUGCCGGCUGGAUACUUGAUCCCAAUCUCGCAGCAAUCCCUCAUCAGCUACAAGGAGUUGCAAAGUUCUGGAGAAGAAGGCAACAAGGCUUCCCCCUCGUACAUCUACCAAACACCAACUGCAGGCUCCCGACUUGCCACAGCAGUGGAGGUGACGCCCACCAACCUUUGUGUGAAUAAACCCUCAGCUGUCGCCUCCGUCUCCUCGCCGCACGGCUCCCAGCAGCCCCAUCGACUAAACAGUCCGAGUCCCGCAAUCCUGAAUUUCACGCUGCAAAAUCUGGGUCUGAUCUCCAGCCCCAGCCCGGGGGGCGCUUUCCCACCCGCACAGACCCCAGAGCGCUCCGGUGGCCUGCCAAGUCCGCUGACUCUGCAGCAGAGGGGUCUGAUUUUCAUCAGACCCGGUUCUCCGCUGCCUGUCCAGCAGGGGCAGCCUGGACAGGCACUAACGUUGAUCAGUGUGCAACAGCCUCUGAUGACCACCCCAAAAGGAGCGGCGCUCCCGCAGCACAGCUUCUUCCACACACCGGUGCCGCUCUCGCCUCUGGCUGCCGUGGUGAACGCCGGCGGACAACCAGCCACCAAAACUGUUUACAUCCCUCAGCGGAAGCUGGACGUGUCGGCCGAGGACUCGUGAUGGAGGAAGCUGUUACGACCGCGCUUUACGGGUGGAGGGUUCAGUGUUGUACAUCAUUCGUUACCUCGACAUUUCACAGCAUCCUUGUGGCCUUCUGUUAUCAGUCAGUCGUAAAAAUAGCUGCCGUGCAGACUUUGGCUGAGGCCCAGGGGACUUAUGGAAAACCGAUAUAAACCCAGUCCAGAUACCCAGGAACACUACUGCCCUGCACCAUGUGAUGCUGAUAAACCUUUUCUUUUUUCUUUUCUCUUUUUUUAUUAAUAAUUUAAAAUGUACAUCUUUGUGCUAACUAUCGGCGCUCUUGCUUUUGAUUUUAGCUUUUAAUAUUCUAUUGUUUUCUGUCAGUCAGCAAGAUCAGUAAAAGUUUCAUCAUUGUUGUGGUAAAAAUGAGAUCCUUUUCUUUCUUUUUUUUUGCACAUAUGUAAAUGAAAACUGCUGCCCCUGAAUAGAAGUCUUGAAAACAAAUGAGCAUCUAAAUGGGUUUAAUUUAUAAAAAUUAAAAAAAAAGAUAAUCUUUGGGUUGUGACCUGUUGCUAUUUGUAAAAUGUUGAAUAAAUGUUAAUGAAUUUUAUGUAAAAACGUCAA